UCUUUCUGACUUCCUCAGUUCUGGCGUGGCAAAUAAAGAGGUGAGACGUGCCCGAAACAACUAAAUCCUGAGUUCUGACUGUAAAGUCCACAUUAGUUGAAUGGUGAACUUGAGUGUGGUUCUAAACACCAAAAUGCUUUCUAUUUUGGUUCUUUUGACAGCUGAAUGCCUUUCCAUAAGUGCUACAUCCACUGUUCGCUUGAUGGUACCUUUCUCUCAGGCGAAGGUAGAACAACUGUACAACGUUGACAUCAAUCGAACACAUUCUGCUACUUACAGAGAAAAGCCACUCUCAUCGUGUGACCGUAUUUUCGUGGAAGAAAAUUUCUUUUUAAGAAGUCCAAACUAUCCUGGUGGUUAUCACACUUUCACAGAAUGUCAUUACCUAGUCAAACGAGCGAACAGAGACAUCUGUGGGCUGGAGCUAAAAUUUUUGAAGUUCGAUAUCGAACCGAGUGAUGGCUGUGUUUAUGAUUUUUUAGAAGUGGACAGACAAAAGCUAUGUGGCAUCAUCGCUUCGGAAGCAGUUCGGGUUUUCAUGUUUAAUGAAGACAGAAUGAAUAUUAAGUUUAUUAGCGAUGCACAGAUAACAAGAUCGGGUUUUAAUAUACAUGUCAGACAAACCAAGGACUGUUACCCUGGGAAUGUUUAUUACCCCCCUCCUUCCUGUAACGUGUACACAGAUUCAGAAACAGGAGAACUUCACAGUUUAGGGCACCCAAAGAAGUAUCGAAGCAAUCUGAUCUGUAUGUAUAAAAUCAAACAACGCGAUAGAACCUUUUGUACAGUAACUCUCCGGUUUCUCGACUUUGAUUUGGAUUAUACCGCGGGUUGUUUUGGAGAUUAUCUUGAAGUAGAUGGACAACGGUUUUGUGGAACCACAUUACAAGGCCGAUCACGAACAAUAUCAUUUGGCAUAAGGGAUACCGUGGCACUGAUUUUUCGGACCGACGCUGUUUCUGUUAAGCGAGGCUUCAGGCUUGGAUUUCAACAAAACCAUUGCUCAGGGAUGUUAACUCCUCUUGGCUCUUUACCAAAGUUUCCCAGCAGAGACGAUCCAUCAGUGGCUCUUGACUACUCCCAGCCAAUUAAAAGAGUUAGUUCAGAACCUUUAAAAAAGUUUGAAGUCUUUGGUUCUUCAUUUCCUUCCAGAGCAUCCAAAUCAGCAUUUUUGCGUGAAGAAGCACAAACUUUUGUCGAAGAGAAAGCCCCUGGAUACUGUGUUCAUGUCUUCAGUGAACGUGACUUCGUCAUCCAGAGUAAGAAUUUUCCCAGUAAUUAUGAGGACAACUUAGAUUGUCAGUAUGUUAUCAGACGCCGGAGCAACAUCUGUGGGUUACAGUUGAUUUUUAUAUCUUUUGAAGUGGAGUCUAGCCAGAAUUGUGAGUACGAUUACCUCGAGGUAGACGAAGAACGAUUCUGUGGGUCUUUACCUGCUGAUCUUGUUAGGAACCUACAUUUUGAAACAAACGAGAAGAUUCUUCGAUUUCAUUCAGACGGAGCGAACCCCAGACCUGGAUUUUUGAUUCAGGUUCACCAAAAGGAAUGUGCUUCUCGAACCGAUACACCAAUAUCUGGUCAUCACUGUCACCGUGAAUUCAGUGACCAGGUGUUCGAUUUAACUUCUCCAAACUACCCUGAGAACUAUGGAAACACGUUAGAUUGUUCUUACACUAUUAAUAGGUUUAGCAAUAAUAUCUGCUUCUUGGAACUCCAGUUUCUAGACUUCUCCCUUCAAGAUGAAGUCAACUGUCAGUAUGAUUACCUUCAAAUUUAUAAAAACUCGUUUUGUGGAAACAUUGACAGAGGUUUUAUUCGUUCCUUUGAAUUUCAAGAUCACAGCACCAUUAUUCGCUUCCACACAGACGCCAUUUCUACCAGUCGUGGUUUUCACAUCCGGGUAACUCAAAAAGAGUGCAAUUUCCAAGCGAGUCCCCCUCCGGACCUCAGCCCAGUUUAUUGUAACAAGAGGUUUUCUAGUAAAGAAUUUGAAAUACGCAGCGUAAAUUAUCCCAUUAAUUACGACAACAAUUUGGACUGCCGUUAUACUAUUUUACGUUUCAGUGACUUUGUUUGCAAACUAGAGUUUACUUUCAAGGAAUUUCAGAUUCCAAAUAGUCCAAGUUGUUCCGAUGAUUACCUAGAAGUGGAACAGGAACGUUUGUGUGGCAAACUUACAAGUAACGUACGACGAAUAAUUGAGUUCAACGAGACUGCAAAGGUUUUAUCCUUUCAUUCUGAUGAUCGCCAUACUGACCGAGGUUACGUCAUUCGGGUUGUACAGGAAGAAUGUAAUUUAUACACAACUGGAAUGCCGUUCGUGUCCGACAGAAGUUUUUGUAGCAACGUUUACACCCGGAAAGAAUUCUAUCUGAAAAGCGCAAAUUAUCCCUCAAAUUACGAUAACAACUUGGAUUGCAUUUACACUGUCCGACGUCACAGUGCUAAUAUCUGUACUCUCAAACUACAGUUCCUGCACUUUGAUAUCGAAUCGAGUACAAAUUGCGAGUAUGACUACGUGGACGUGGACGGCCAGAAGCUUUGUGGAACCUUACCACCAGAAACCUCUAAAAACUAUGAUUUCCAGUCGUUUGAAAAAGUGAUCCGUUUUCGGACUGACUCGGCUAGCUCUCGUCCUGGGUUUCAAAUAAAAGUCACCCAAGAAGAAUGUUUAGAAGAUUCAUUUCCGACCUCAGCUACGCCUUCGUCAAGCCCUUGUCACAGGAGAUAUACAGAGACGGAAUUCGAUAUCAGAAGUGAGGAAUAUCCACGAGAAUAUCCUAACAAUUUGGACUGUCGCUAUAUCGUUCAUCGGCAGAGAGAUAGCUGCAAAUUGGAGCUGACCUUUCUGAGUUUUGAUGUCGAGGUUAACGAAAAUUGUCAGUACGACUACGUCUCUGUGAAUGGGGAAACGUUGUGUGGGCUGCUGCCUGUCGGAGAAAAAAGAACCUUGGAUUUCAAAACGUCAGAGAUCGUAAUUGAAUUCCACUCAGAUUCAGCCACCUCACGACCCGGUUUUCAUAUCAGAGCUAAACAGAUUCCCUGUUCUUCUAAACUCUUUCCCCCAGAAGAUAGUGAGUCUUGUGAUGAGACAUAUGAUGCUCUUAACGGUGUCAUACAGAGUAAAGGAUAUCCUGGAAAUUACCAUGACAACCUUGUUUGUACGUAUCGCUUCAAGCCGCAGCCAGGGUACUGCAAUGUGGUACUCAGUUUCUCUGACUUUCAACUCGAGCCUUCCAGAGGUCGUUGUGUACAGGAUUAUCUCGAAAUAAACGGUGUUCGUUAUUGCGGAAAACAACUAAAAGGAGACACCCGUACAUUAAGAAUUAACGCUGAGCAGCGUGAAGCGUUUGUACAAUUUGUUACGGACCAGCGAUUCACAGAUCGUGGAUUUAAAGCUUCUUUCCGCCAGGUUCUUUGUUCCACCGACCAACCUUUUACCACUCGGCCCCCUAUAACACCACUUGUUACGCUUGACCCGGGAAACUCCUGUGAACGCUUGUAUACCUCUUCGAGCUUUGAACUUACAAGCCCGAAUUAUUCCAAUCAUUACGGAAACAAUCUUGACUGCCUCUACACUAUCCUCCGGAUAAACAAUCAGAUAUGUAAACUUCGGAUGACAUUCGAAUCAUUUGAUGUUGAGACAAGCAACGGCUGUCAGUAUGACUACCUCAAGAUAGAGGAUGAACCAUUAUGUGGGAUUCUGCCAAGAAAUUCUGUCAGAGAAUACGACUUUCAGAACUUUGAAUUUGUGAUACGCUUUCACUCUGAUCCAGCUAACACCAGACCAGGAUUUAAAAUACACGUUCAGCAGGUAGACUGUCAUCGAAGUUCUCCAGAGCAGUCGGACCCUCAUCUUUCAACCUCUCAGACCCAUAUCCAACCGUUACCUACAAUAGCACCCACACUUCCCCAACCUAUUACUCCACCCAUUUCAACAAUAAACUGUAACAAAGUUGUUACUCGUCCCUUUUUUGAAUUGUAUAGCGUUAAUUAUCCCGAUCUUUACCCGAACGGCUUAAACUGUCGCUACAGCAUCAAGCGUUUCAAUGAAAGUGUGUGUCGAUUAGAACUCGUUUUGGUUCGGUUCGACUUGGAACCCAGUACAAACUGUCAGUUUGAUUAUUUGUCUGUUGACAAUGAGAAACUUUGCGGACACUUACCACGAAAUACUACACGUAACUAUAAGUUAUCAUCAUCUGAGAAGCACAUUUACUUUCGAUCUGAUGAAAGAGUUCGAGGACAAGGCUUUAUAAUCAAGGGACGGCAAGUAGUUUGCCCAGGACAUUCUGCUGGCCCAAGUUCACGCCCACCAUUUGAACUUCCUGGACUUCGUGAACGAUGUGAUGAAGAAUUUUAUUCCGAAGAUUUCGUCUUAAGAAGCCCAAAUUAUCCCCAGAACUAUCCUAACGACGUCACGUGCCGUUACCUAAUCCACCAAUACAAACCUGAAGUUUGCGCUCUUGAUGUAACAGUUCACAGUUUUGAUCUUGAAGAAAGCCGAAACUGUGAAUACGAUUAUCUCGACAUUAACGAUCAACGACUUUGCGGUCAGAUACCCAGCAAUUCUUUCAAAAUUAUUCCGUUUCAGGAAAAAAAUUUUGUACAGUUGCUGUUUCACUCUGAUAAAGCGACUAAUCGGCCAGGGUUUUCAGUUCGUGUUCAACAAGUAACCCAAUGUCAGACUCACAGACUAAGACCAACAUGGCGACCAGCUACGCCCCCACCAGCACUCUGCACCUACUGUCAGCGACAAGAAAGAGGACAUUUCACAAGUCCUGGUUUUCCUGAACCUUACAAGAAUGGCGUACGUUGUUCUUACCGAAUUCAACCAGUUAAAGGAUUUUGUGGGGUGGAAAUUUUCUUCCAUGAGUUCGAAGUAGAGUUUUCAACUGGUUGUCAAAAGGACUUCUUCAAACUUGAAAACAGACGUUUCUGUGGCACACAAUUGAGAAAGCAAACACGUGAAGUGGACUUCAGGGACGGUCCUCUUCCAGAAGUCCAGUUAAAAUUUGAGAGCGACGAUUUCUCCAGUGACCGAGGUUUUCAUCUCGAAUAUCGACAAAUUCCGUGUCGUAAUAUUUUUGGUCCUCUUAGAGCUCUGAAACUGAGUGAUGGUGGUCUACAUACUUUAUCUGAUACCAACAGAUAUAGCAACACCUCCAGUGUUGAUUACAUCAAACGUUCAAGUACACCAGGAAGAUUUACAGAAUGGGAAGACAUUCACACUCACGUCCGAAAUGGAAGCCUUCCUUCACAAGCGUUUUUUCUUGAUCCAACUAUAGACUUACUACGUCUUGACAGUGUCUAGAAGCAAUUAAACUUGAUAAACCAAAUAAGAAAUAGUUGCUUAAAGUCGAAUUCAAUACACAGGAAGUCUUAUUAUUAGGCUUUUCCCGAAUAUUUUAGUAAACCAAAGAAGGGUUGAUCUGAAAAAAUGCAAAAAAUAAAUAAAUAUCCCUUCCUUCUAACAAGUCCCUUUUUUUCCCCCAAAUAUAUACCGAAGAAGAAUUAAGUCUAAAAAAGUUAGAACGAAACCCUCCUCCUUCUUCCUAACCCUUUUCAGAAUUUAUUAAUCUUCCUCUAAAGAAACUAUGGUACUAUAAUUCUUUCUUAGAAAUUCGGACAGAAAGGUACAUAUUUUAUAGCACAUUUUUCAUUUGAAUUUUAUGUUCUUCGAACAAGAAGUCAGGGCUGUAGAAGGAGUGACUUAACCACUUGGUUCCUACCCUCUUCUUACAAGUAUAUUUGCGUUCGAUUGAAUGCAGUUAAAACAUUACUGAGGUAACUGAAUAUUUUGUUUUCGUACAUAUAUGCAUCAAGGAUGAAGGAGAACGUCUACACUGUAAACACACAAUAUUGAAGCUCCAUAAACCCCAAAUCAUUACGUUUAUUUGCAAAUUAUUAUGUAUAAAAAUAAUUU